AUCAUAACGGCCAGUGGUCCUGCGCUACUUAAGUAGCGGAUACGGAAACACCGCAUACCGGACUCGUGGAAUGCGCAGCGUCUCCUAGAAGGGCGACACGUCAAGUUGUGCCAUGACCCGCGGAGUCUGGCCGGUCGUAGUGCCCGAACUACGACAUUGCGGCGUCGCACCGCCAGAGGUGGGCUGGACGCAUGUCCAUGAUUUGGUCCACCGUGCGGACACUGGCAAAUUCCCCAGCGCCGAAAGGCUACUAGGACCAAGAGCUGCAUCCCUGAACUGCUCCUGCUGCUCAUCAUCGAUGGGCGACCGCCGACGUGGCUCUCUCUCCUCGCCUCGCCAUGUUAUCCUGCAACUCGUGUCGAUAAUUGGCUCGUAUAGAACAAAUCACGGUCUGCAGAGUACUCCCCUCCAUGACGUCUACGUGCCGCUGAUUGGGAACACGAUUGGGUGCAAGGCUUCUGUCAAGGUGAGUCUUCCGUAUACCGUUCGGCUAGACAAACGACUUGUCUCUCCGCGACAUUCAAUUGUCAACCACCCCACGUCAUCCUUACCAGAGGCGGAGGAGACGCCCACUACGGCGCUGUCCGGUGUUAUGCGCGAUAGACUGGGUGUACGCAUAGCAUCAAAGCUCUUGAGGCUCGUUGGGCGAGCUGCAUGUCAUAUCCCCGCUGAUGCCCCAUACAUAUGUUCGCGCAGGGAAGGGAGCGUUUAAUAGCGACGACACUCAGAAGUUUCUAUUGAUUUUGGGCCUAUCGUUGUGCCUUGCAAUGCUGAUGUGUUAAAACACAUUG